AAGUCCUCCUUGACCCAAUCAGGAUGAAGCACCAGUGCCGCCCGAUGCCUCUCUAGUUGACCAUCCACAGUCCAUCAAUCCCCUAUAAGCCAAUCAUGUCAGCUCUGUUAGGAUUCCACCACCAGGCCCCGAAGCUGUGCCUACAUCCUUGGCUUUUUGGCCAAUCAGCGAACAGCCGGACGCUCGGCUCCUCCCCUGAGGGCCCACGUGAGCAGUGGGGAAACGCAGGGGCGGCUUCUGGGUGCUGCCGCCGCCACCACUGCUGCUGCUCCAGCCUUUGCUAACCACCACCGCCGCUGCUGCCUUGGAACUCGGGCCUGGGGGGCGGUGGGGCCUCGUAUGGAGCCCCCGCCCCCCGGAGCUGCCACUGCCACCGCCGCGCCACACGCAGGUACCCCUGGAAUGGCGUGAAUGCUUCCCUAGUGAUGGACCCAUCUGUGACGCUGUGGCAGUUUCUGCUGCAGCUUCUGAGAGAACAAGGUAAUGGCCACAUCAUCUCUUGGACCUCACGGGAUGGUGGUGAGUUCAAGUUGGUGGAUGCAGAGGAGGUGGCCCGUCUGUGGGGACUGCGCAAGAACAAGACCAACAUGAAUUAUGACAAGCUCAGCAGGGCCUUGCGGUACUACUAUGACAAGAAUAUCAUCCGCAAGGUGAGCGGCCAGAAGUUUGUCUACAAGUUUGUGUCCUACCCAGAGGUUGCAGGGUGCUCCACUGAAGACUGCCCACCCCAGCCUGAGGUGUCUGUAGCCUCUACUGUAGCAAUGGCCCCUGCUGCUGUCCAUGCAGCCCCAGGGGACACUGCCACUGGAAAGCCAGGAACACCCAAGGGUGCAGGAAUGGCAGGCCAAGGUGGUUUAGCACGCAGCAGCCGGAAUGAAUACAUGCGCUCGGGCCUCUAUUCUACUUUCACAAUCCAGUCCCUGCAGCCACAGCCACAGCCACCCCUUCAUCCUCGGCCUGCCUCAGUGCUCCCCAACACUACCCCUGCAGGAGUACCAGCACCCCCCUCAGGGAGCAGGAGCACCAGUCCAAACCCCUUAGAAGCCUGUUUGGAGGCCGAAGAGGCUGGUCUCCCCCUGCAGGUCAUCCUGACCCCGCCCGAGGCCCCAAACCAGAAAUCGGAAGAGUUGAGUCUGGAGCCAGGUUUUGGCCGACCUCUGCCCCCAGAAGUGAAAGUGGAGGGGCCUAGGGAAGAAUUGGAAGCUGUGGGGACUGCCAGCUUUGGUUCAGAAACUGUCAAAGCUGAACCAGAGGCCUCACCCUCAGAAGGCUUGCUGGCUCGGCUCCCAGCUGUCUUAAUGGAGAAUACAGCACAGGUGUGUGGCCUCUCUGCCUCUGCCACUGAGAUUGCCCAACCCCAGAAGGGCCGGAAGCCCAGAGACCUGGAACUUCCACUUAGCCCAAGCCUGCUGGGUGGCCCAGGACCCGAACGGACUCCAGGAUCAGGAACAAGCUCUGGUCUGCAGGCACCGGGGCCAGCACUGACACCAUCCCUACUACCCACACAUACCUUGACCCCGGUGCUGCUGACACCCAGCUCGCUGCCCCCCAGCAUUCAUUUCUGGAGCACUCUGAGUCCAAUUGCACCCCGUAGUCCAGCCAAGCUCUCCUUCCAGUUUCCAUCCAGUGGCAGCGCACAGGUGCACAUCCCUUCCAUCAGCGUGGAUGGCCUGUCGACCCCCGUGGUGCUCUCUCCAGGGCCCCAGAAGCCAUGACUACAACCACCACCCCUUUUCUGGAGUCUCUCCACCCAUGCUCCUGAACUCUCCAGCUAGCCAUCUCAAGGAGAAACAGUUCAACUGACAGACUGAUGUUCUGGUUGUGGUGGGGUGGAUAUUCCUAGGAAAGAGGCUCUUUCACUAACUUCCACCCAAAACAGACAACUUCUUUCUUUUUUUGCCAGCCUCCCAGUGGCCGCCUUUACACGCCUCCUUCUUCAGUGGUGGUGGGGGGCGGUUUAUUUAUUUAUUUUUUGAAGGCCACUGGGAAAAAUCUGGCCUAACCCUUUUAGAAGAGUGGGUAAGAUAUUUCCUCCCCAUUUAUCCCCUAAACAAGACAAUCAGGGUAUGGCUUGAGAAAGAUCUUUCUUUAUUUAUUUCUCAGCCUGCCCUUGGGGAGUUGAGGGUACCCUGUCUUUCUUUUGAGAUAUGGGAUGAAGAACUAGUUUGUUUUGUUUUAUUAUUCCUGGCCAUAUCUGAGUCCAGGGAGCACUUGUGUGAUUUAAUGGUUUGGGAGUCAUAGUCAGAGAAGAAUCACACUGUUAAAAUAGGAGUUGCUACCUCCCCUAACUUCUCAGUCAGCUUGUUCUUUACUCAAGUAACCUUUUGGCCAGGGAGGAAUAUUCCUUUUGUUGUUCUUCCCCCUCAGAAGCCAUUCCUUUGUCUCCAAAUUCCCUGGGGGCCUGCCUAUUACCUCCCAAUGGAGGGUUUUUUGGGGUGGUGGUCCCCGUCUGGGGGACUCCUCCAACCAGUACUCCAGGGCUCUCUGUUUCCCAUCCUCUUCCAUUUUGAUAGUAUAAUCUAUUUUUAAAUGGGGCUUUUCAAUAGGGCAGAGGGAAGCAUCUCUUCCUAUAUUUGAUGGGUGGGUAGACGGGUGGGGGGGGGAGUAAGGGAUUUGGAGGCAGUCUUCCUGCCAACCCCAAGUGUUUAUUUUUGAUACCAAAUGUGUAUUUUCAGCUCCCUCCCUCCCAGCCCCCCAAUUUCCUGCGGGCGGGUACAAAGGACCCUUGUAAGUGUCCCUGGAGUUGGGAGGGAAGAAUAGGGAGACAUAAAGCCUGUCUUGUAUCAAUUCUGGGCCAGAGGGGCUAGAUUCAAAAAACUCCCAGGCUCACCUCUUGUCAGCACUGGCCCAGACCAGGCCUGAAGACCUGGGGGGUUGAUGAUUUGGGGGACGGUGCUACACUCGUCUCCACUGUUUCUUUUACUUCCCCAAAAUGGACCUUUUUUUCUAAGAGUCCCAGAGAAUGGGGAAUUGUUCCUGUAAAUAUAUAUUUUUAAAGGUGUUGCUGAAA